AUGUCCUCCGCCGCAUCUCCCCGAUUCUGGGCCGGGCCCAUUCGCUACUGCCGCUGGGCAUCCCGCGAGAAGCCAGCCUACUUCUGGUCCGUCGUCCUCGGCGCCCUCGGCCCCAUCCAGCUGGCCGUCGUCCCUCCUGUCAGAAACUUCAUUGGCGACUACAACGCGCCGCCCAUCCCCGUCACAUACCCUGUCCCCGCAGGACCCAGAAAGCAGCUGACGGGCUAUGACGACGAAUGA